AUGGAACUUGAAUCAGCAAUGAGAAUAUCAUUUAAUGGUUCAAAAUCCAAUAUUAAAAAAACGAAUCUAAAAUCAUCAAAUGAAUUUCAAUUAAGUAGAUCACCAAUUACAUUUAGUUCAGGUACAGAAGAUUCUGGAUCAACAGAUGAAGAUAUAUUCAAGUUGGCAAAAGAUCUGACAAAUACGUUUGGUACGUUGUUGGGUGAUACCGAUCAACCACCACCUUUUAGCGAUGUAAUAUUUCGUGUCAAAGGCAGACGGUUCUUUGCCAGUAAGAUCAUGUUGGUUUCGAGAAGCGAGUACUUUAAGGCAAUGUUUACAGGUAGUAUGAAAGAGUCGAGCGUCAAGGAGAUCACUCUCGAAGGUGUUGAACCCGAUGUAUUCUAUAUUGUUUUACGUUAUAUUUGUAUUGGUAUAUUGGACUUGGACUUUGAUAUACGUAUCAUCGGUUCGAUCUACAACUACUGUGAUCUGCUCGGUUUGAAUCGUGGCAAGGAGUUGGCGCUUGGCAUCAUGACCAAGUCGGCCAACGCCUACAUGGCAAAGCCAGACAUUGACGGAGCUCUUCAGCUCUGGGAUUCGGCCAAUCGCAACAUGAUAUCGAUCGAGAGUAUUCACCCGCAUCUGCGUGCAUUCAUCAUUCAAUACGCAUCGAUGAUACUCUAUAGCGAUCUCUUUAUGGUGAUGUCCGAGAAGACGGUGUGCGAUAUGCUGAGAAACGAUGGUUUGCGUAUGGAGGAACUCGAUAUAUUAGAGUGUGUAGUCGAUUGGUGUCGUGUCAACAGUCCGGCAACCGCAACAUCCUCGCAAGCAAAAGACAACAAUACUCUUAGUAACAGUGGUAAACGUAAUAGUAUGAGCUAUAGCGAUCGUAGCAGACGAUCUCAUGACGAUGGUGAAUCAACCGGUAGUUGCAGUAGUAGUAGAUGUAGUAGUCGUCGAGGUUCAAUUCACGAAAAGGAAACCGGUGACAUGAAUAGAACAGAUUCUCACAGUGAAACCGGUGAAUCAUUUUCUGGUUCCGAUGCAAAUGAUGAAAGUGAUUAUGAUGACGAUGAUUUCACUGAUGAUGAUGAUAAAGAAGAUAGUGCAAAUGAUGAUUAUUAUUUUGCUGAACAGGAUGAACAAGUAGAUGAAUAUGAUGAAACUAUAGAUAGAAAUCUAUUAAAUAAAUUAUUACCUUUGAUUAGAUGGGAAAAUAUGAAUAUUGGAGAAGCUUUUGAAAGAUUAGAUAAUUUACAUAUUAUAUCUGAAAAAGAUAUUACAAAUUUAUUAAGAGGAAUUAUUAGAGCAAAUAGAGGAGAAGCUUUUCAAUUCUUGGGAUAUCAUUAUAGAAGACCACGUAAUCUAAGAAAACGUGCAUAUCCUUUGGAAUUUUUGAUGGGUAUAAGUCAACCUUUUGAUGCACCACAAGUUACCAAUGAAGUGAUAGCGUUGAACCCUUUCACUCAAGAGUUUGGACAGACCUCCAAUCAAUUCCUUUAUCGUAUCAAGAAAGAUAUUAAACUACCUGCAAACUUGGAGAGAUUCACCUUUAAGGAUAGAGAAUUUUUUGUACAAUUAAAAGAAAGAGAAAAGGGUCAACUCGCUGUAUACUUGGCAUUCGGUCAAAAGAUUACAAAGCCACUGGCUAUCAGUGUAUCCGCUAGUAUCAUUGGUUUCAGAUUCCAAGACUCCAUCGAAUUCAACUACAAAAAGAUGUUUGAAGAAGGCUUUGACAGUGCAUGGGGUUGGCCUCGUUUCAUUAGUUUAGAAGCUCUUCAAAAAGAUAAAUAUACUCAUUAUGGUGAUAGUUUUGUAAUGUUGGUUGAUCUUACAAGGAUUGGUGUUGGUUGA